AUGCUGGUGAACCAGGUGCUGGGGAAGGUCGGGACCUGGACGGUAGUUGACGGGCUGAAGCGGGUGCAGGUGAAAGCGGAGGCCGACUCGGUGAACCUGAUUCGGAGGACUGCUGGCGGCUCCUGGUUCUCAGUCCCUGCUGGCGGCAAGGACAAGAAACUGGGCAAUAAGGUUGGCAAGGGGGGUAACUCGCAGCAGUCAAACCUCGUUUGGUGGCUGUUACAGAGCAUGUUCACCCUGGGCGGCGCGGUGUGCAGCUACAAGUUCGUCGGGGCGGCGGGCUUCGGGUUUUUGCUGGCUUGCAAGACCUGGAAGUUUUUUGGCGUCGGUGAGAUUGUCGAUGAAGGCGUGCAUGUCCUGAAGUCUGCGAGCGAGACGGCCGCUCGGAUCACGGACGCGUGCGACCACGUGGUGGAGCGCUGGGAGGACGGGGGCUUCGAGGGCCCGUUUCUCGCGGCGCUGGCAGCUCCGCUCGUGGUGAUGCUGAUCUACUCGUUGGGCGGCUGCGAGAUGAAACGGAAGAGGAUGACGGCUGACGGCUUCCUGACGGGCUCGGACAGCGACAUCUCGAUCGACAAGGGCACGGCCGCCUUGGACACGGACGACGACGACGGGCUCAUGAGACGUCUUGGGAUGAGGCUCCUCCUCGAGCAGCAGGCUGCGUUGCAGAGCCAGGUCAGCAAGCUGGCCGCCGAGAAGGACAAGGGCACUCCGGCUGGCGACGACGUACGAGGGCUGGAUGCGGUUCAGGAGGGCGAGUCAGCGCGCCGGGGGAUCGACAACCUGAUACAGCGGCUGGUGGCCCAUGAGCGGCAGGUCUCGGAGGGCCAGGGCGGAGCGGGAGGUGCCGCGCGUGGGGCUCGGCGGCCUUCCAUCAGCUCGGGAGGUCGUGCCGUGAAGGACCUUGCCGUCGCUGGGAUGAGCGGGAAGACGGUCGAGCACUGCAUCCAGGAGCUGGGGCAGGAGGCCAAGGGCCCGAGGGCGGCCAUGCUGAACCAGCUGAAGCAAUGCGAGAACGCGGACUGGAGCAUUGGACCCUCUCAGGCGCGGUGCAUGCGCGGGGCGUCGGCGAAGUUCGAGGUGCAGCAAUGCGCGAGGUCGAAAGAGUUGGAGACGUGCCGGGCGGCUUGCGUGAUGGUUCUCAUGGCCGCCGUCCUGGGCAGGACGCUGAGUUCUGAGCAGGUGGCGGACGAGAACGACGCGGUGGUCCUCGAGAGCGACGACUGGGCCAUCGCUGACGCUGACAAGGAGGUGCGCAAAUGCUUGGAACGGAAGGCCUUGUUUCAUAAGUAUUGUGACAAGGCUUACCCCGAGGGCGGCAAGGGCAGCUCCGCGGCUGGCAUCGCGAGCCGUCGGAUGGCCCUCGGGCCACGAGUCGGCGACGUGUGCCCUCUGGAGGUCAGCGAGGUGUCGUUGCCCUUUGCUGGGUCGGAGCUCAUCGCGAUCGAGGCUGCGCCACCUUCGAGCCGUCCGUGUUUGCGAGACCCGCGGGGGACCAUGGCCCUUCGCGAUCGCGAGGUGGACUGGGCGGCGCGCGACGUGGUGAAGCCGCGCAGCGAUGCAGGGCUUUGGCAGAAGGAGGCGAAGCUCGAUCUGCACGUGGGGCUGGCGGAGUCGGGCAUGCUCGGGGCGUGCGACGAGGUGGUGGGGGGGCGCAGUUCAUGGCUGAUCUGGGACAUGAGGAGGUCCAACGUGGGGCUCAGGAGUCUGCCGUGGCUCGCCGUGGGCUCCACCGCAGCGCUGUGCGGGGUCGACCUCGGCUCGAGCGUGCGCGGCGACUUGGAGGUGGCGAGCUUCGCCGGGGACGUGCCGGACUUUUUCUGCAAGCUGCUCUUGCCGGAGGCGCCGUGGUCGUACUUUGGCUUCGACGGCGCGAAGGGGGAGGAGCUGCGUUUCCACUUGAGGAAGUCAGGAAGGCAGGACCUGGUCGAGCGCCUAGGGGGCCGGGCAUGCGCGUGCUUGCGGAUGCUGCCCAUGGGCUUCGCCUGGGCCGUCUUCUUCGCGCGCUCGACGCUUCAGGGCGUCGUGGAAAGCGGUGGCGCUCUUCCAGCGGCAGGUCGAAUCCAGCGUAGGUCGCCGCCUCCGCAGCUCCAUCGGGAAUCGCUGCUCCACUGGAUCUACAUAGGCGACUGCGCCGGCAUCCGCCGUGAGUCGAAGGAGCUUGAGGCGGCGGGGCUGCAGGUGAAGCGGGGCGGCGCCAGGGCGAAGCAGGCGCUGGAGGCCGUGGGAUUGGCCGCUCACAGGGAGAGUGCGGGGCGCGGGCUGGAGCGCUCCUUGGGGGUCUCGCUGGAUGCCAGCGCGAAGUUGGUGCAGGUGGUGCAGGAGAAGGUGCGCUUGGCGGUGCUUGCGACGGAGCCGCUGCUGAACCAGGAGAAGGCCGCGCCGGCCGCUGUGGGGUCGCGUGUGGACCUCAGGGCAUGGAUCUUCACCUGCGCGAGGGCGGCCAUGAGCAUUCCCAAUCACGUGUACCGGUGGAUCCAGGAGUAUCGCGGCGAACGGGUAGCCCCCCUCUGGAGCGAGGUUUUGGACGAGUUCUUCGUCGUGGUCUCGCUGUCGGCGUGCUAUGGCACGUGUUUGGGCUCCGAGUGUCGCGACUGGAUCUUCAUUGCGGAUGCGAGUCAUUUAGGGUUCGGCAUCGCGGCAAACUGGUCGGGGGUGGAGGAGAUGCGAGCUCUCUGCGAGGGUGCCGACGAGCAGGGCUGGUCCACCUACCUGCACGAGGCCUACUCGAGCGUCGAGAAGGACGAGAUGGAUGCGGCUACGCCAGUCUACCAGUACCUGGCCAGGGAGCAGGAGACGAGCCGAGGGUGGCGAGAGGCCGCCGGCUUCUGCGAGCUGUUCGCGGGGGGGGCGAAGCUCUCGGGAGCGAUGGGGCGGGCCCGUCUGAGCCUGGUGGAGCCCUGGGAAGUAGACCAG